UUUGAAGUCGGAAAACGUCGAAGAAGAUCAGCAGUGAGAAGCUUCUUUAGUCGGUGGUUGAUACAUGCAUCAUCCCUUACUCACUCGCAUCGCAUCUUCUUCCACCUGCAAAUAAGUUUUGCGAUUGGCAGUGUAAUUGGAACAGAGUAAAACAGGGAGAAGAUGGCGGCAAACGCGUUUUCUCAGCAUCCGCAGUUCAUGACUAAUGCGCCGCUAAUUGAGAGUCCUGAGACUAAUCAGAUUGUUGUUCCUGAUAAGACAAGCUGGAAAAACCUUUUUGCGUACAUGGGUCCUGGGUUUCUUGUUUCCAUUGCAUACAUUGAUCCUGGAAACUUUGAAACUGAUUUACAAUCAGGAGCCCAGUACAAGUAUGAGUUACUUUGGAUUAUAUUGGUGGCCUCAUGUGCUGCACUUGUCAUCCAAUCCUUGGCAGCAAACCUGGGGGUUGUUACUGGAAAGCAUUUGGCUGAGCAUUGCAAAAACGAGUAUGAGAAGGUGACCAAUAUCAUUUUGUGGAUUCUUGCUGAAAUAUCCAUAGUUGCUUGUGACAUUCCUGAAGUAAUCGGCACAGCAUUUGCCCUGAAUAUGCUCUUCAAUAUCCCAGUAUGGUGUGGUGUGCUCCUCACAGGUUUUAGUACUUUGGGUCUACUAGCACUACAACAAUAUGGGGUGAGGAAACUUGAAUUCUUGAUUACUUUCUUGGUACUCACUAUAGCUGCAUGCUUUCUUGUUGAGCUCGGAAUUUCAAAACCAGAUGCUUCAGAAGUGCUAUAUGGGCUGUUUGUCCCCCAGCUCAGGGGCAGCGGUUCUACAGGCCUUGCAAUUUCACUCCUUGGUGCUAUGGUCAUGCCGCACAACCUUUUCCUGCACUCAGCUCUUGUGCUUUCUAGGAAAAUACCACGAUCAGUUAGUGGGAUCAAAGAAGCUUGCAGAUUUUACUUGAUAGAAAGUGGCAUAGCGCUUGCAGUGGCCUUCCUUAUUAAUAUAUCGGUUAUAUCAUUAAGUGGGUCAGUCUGCAAUUCUUCGAAUUUGAACCCAGAUGAUCAGAAGAGUUGUCAAGACUUAGAUUUGAAUAAAGCAUCCUUUUUGCUCAAGAAUGUUCUAGGCAAGUGGAGCUCAAAGGUCUUUGCAAUUGCUUUGCUGGCAUCAGGUCAGAGUUCCACAAUAACUGGAACAUAUGCUGGGCAGUAUGUUAUGCAGGGGUUUCUUGACCUACGUAUGAAGCCAUGGCUUAGAAACCUCCUAACCCGGUGCUUAGCCAUAGUCCCUAGUCUAAUUGUUGCUCUCAUUGGUGGAUCGGCUGGAGCUGGGAAGUUAAUUAUCAUAGCAUCUAUGAUAUUGUCAUUUGAGCUCCCAUUUGCUCUCAUUCCACUUCUCAAAUUCACUAGCAGUGAGACCAAGAUGGGAUCACAUGCCAACUCAAAGAUUAUCUCAGGAAUGACUUGGAUAAUUGGGUCCUUAAUUAUGGGCAUAAACAUAUACUUUCUUGUGGAUAAUCUGAUCUCGGUGCUCGUUCAUGGGCGUUUAGCAGUUGUGAGCAAGGUGGCGUGUGGAGUGUUGGGAUUUUCAGGUAUGUUGAUUUAUUUAACCGGGAUUGGGUAUCUGGUGUUGCGCAAAAACAAGAACUCAUCACACCUUCUGGCACUUACGAGUCCUGAAUGCCGCGAGAUGGAGAGGAGUGCUUCCGCUGCAUAUGGCCAACCAAGAGAGGACAUAGUUAGCAUGCAACUUCCUCAGAAGAGGACCACUGCUGAUGCAAACUGAGUUAUA